AACAGAGCAAGCACCACUCAAGUUCGUUCGUCCCGCAACUCUGCUACUGGUCCAGUACGUACUCCUCGUUGGCUGCUGUAUAAGAGUUUUAGCUGCACACAUGACGACCCCAAAUUGGCAAACGUGCGUAUCAUGUCACGUUGGCUGGACCGUUCCGGAGCUUUUCCAAUGGGAACUCAGAAUCGCGUUUCGAUAUGCUGUCGCGCUCAAUCGAAGUAGGGUUUGUACAUGUGUCACAGCACCCUUUUCAGUUGCAUAGAGCCAACAAUGCCUCCCGGCACAUCCGGCCGAGCCUUCCCUACAGGAGCUACGACUCAUCCACCAACAUCAAGCAUCCCAAGCCCCUUUGAAGGUUGAGCUCACCAGCAGGCCCCACAUCUGACCGCGUUUCGGACACCUAUCUUGAAGCAAGAGGAUUGCAGAGCCAACGUAACAAAACCCUCUGCAACUGAAACGCAGAGCCGCCACCCCGAAGUAGCAAGCCCAGCAUGUCGCACAAGUUCAUCUUCCACUACGAUACCGUCUCCCCAUGGGCGUACGUUGCCUUCGAGGUGCUGAAGCGGUACCGUAAGCAGUGGAAUCUCGACCUGGUCCUGGAGCCUGUGAACCUCGGCUACAUCAUGCACUUCUCCGGCAACCGUCCACCCAUCGCUGUUGCCAAUAAGGGCAUAUGGAUGAACGAAGAUAUGGACCGCGCUUCAAAGUUUUAUGGCGUCACACUAAACCGCAGUCCUCGCUUCCCCGUCAACACACAGGGGCCACAAUGUCUGCUGCGCCUCAUGAAGGACGAUGACCCGUCGCGCCUGGAAGCAGCGACGGAUAUUUUCUUCAAAGCGUCCUGGGUCCACGACCAGGAGGUUGGUACGACUGAGCAGCUGCGCUCGCUCGUCUCCUCUCUGUACUCGGGCGGCAGUGGUAGUGAUGCGUCCAAGCUCGACGCGCUCCUGCUCAAGUCACAGUCGAAAGAGUACAAAGCAAAGGUGAAGGAGGAGGCGCGCCAACUCGUUGAGCAGGGAGGCUGCUUUGGCAUGCCGUGGAUGGUCAUCACACGCGUGCAGGACGGAAGGACGACGCGCUGGUUUGGAAGCGACCGCUUCGAGCAGAUCGCCGCGUUCUUGGAAGUGCCUUAUAAAGGCGCCCGGGGCGACGGAAGCAUUGCCAAACUUUGAGGACCCUUUUCCCUCUACAAUGUAUGUAUGUUUGGCUUUGCAGGAGGAUGUUCUAUUUCGCUAUGUCAAACCAGAUGCUGGACUGAUCCCGUGUGAAGAUAUC